CCGGCUACAGAGCGGACGUCUACGCCGGAGUCAAUUCAGGGACCUUGACACGAUUUAGCCCCGCCUGAUACGUAUUAGCAUUCGCGAAUUAUCAAUUCGAUUGAAAUGAUAAUUAUCAGAAGGAUUAUUAAUAAGACGAUAAUUUAAAUUGUAGUGAUUGUUCAGUGUUUUUGGACGUUGAUUAACACGUGGUUCAAAAGGCUAAGGCUGACACAAUACUAUGGUUUGAGAAAAUGCUCUGAUCGUCACAAGAUGGCUGCUAUCGUCGUACUGUUGGCGCUUCAUUUAGCAGUCGCAGCUGCAGGAAACUGUACCACCGGCUUCUCAGUGGUGGCACCGGAGGUUGCUGUCCCGGGAAAAACAACAGCUGUCCUCGUCACUCUGCAUGGCAGAGCUGAAGAUGGAACAUUGGAUCCUCUGAACGUAACAGUCAGACUGGAAACUCAAGAUGCUGAUAAUGAUGUAAAGCUGUUGACCACGGCCAGUCAAAUGAUAACAGGUUAUGGAAUUAUACCGUUGAAGAUACCAUCGUCACCAGCCACUCAUUGCACUCUUCACACCACGGUCGGCUGCGUUGGUAACGACGACUGUACGGCUACAAGUCACAGUGUCAUACGUUUGCUGGGACCAGUUCGGGACGUCAUAGUACGACCAGCCCGACAUCAUUACCAUCCGGGCGAAACAAUUACAUUCUGGAUUCUUGCUUUGGACCACGAUCUGCGCUUGGUGAGACACGAAAUCGCAUACGUCGCUCUCAGUGAUCCAGCUGGAACUAAAGUCGCCAUAUGGGAUCAACUGUCUAUGGAUGAAGGUGUACGAAAACUUAGCGCAAUUCUAGCAGCUGGGGGACGUUCGGGAAAAUGGAGGCUCGAGGCUCACUGUGGCGGAGGUUCAGCUCGUGUGGAUCUCACUGUAGGUUCUGGAUUGGGGAGUGCAACUCCAGCUACACCGGCCGCGGAGCAACACUAUGUGGAAUUAAAGUUCGCUGACAGCAUGCGCAGGAGAUACAAGCCUGGAUUACCAUUUGUUGGUAGAGUUGAAGCAAUGAGUACUGAGAAGAAAGUUCGAGUCCGCGUGAAGCUGUAUGAUGAUAAAACAGACAUCUACAGUCAAGAUAUCGACAUGUCGACCGGAGAAGGCGGAUUCAUCGUGCCAACUGUAAUGGCCGAUGCUCCAUACGUGAACUUACAAGCGGAGUUGGUGGCUGUUGAAGGUAAAGAAAUUGAAACACACUACGUGUUGGCUCGUGAGCGAAUACGUCGUUGGAACUCGACGUCCAAGUGUUAUCUUCUUGUCGAGAACUUGCCGACACCAUUACAGGCUGGUGGCAUAGCAAGCGCGAGUGUGUGGUCAUCUUGUGGAUGUAGACAAAGGUUGCUGGCAGCUGUUACUAGCGGUGGUCGCGCCGUUCACUGGGCCGCUGUUCCCGCACCCAAUCCAACAGACAACAAUGAUUUAUGCCGCUUCAAUUACACGUUUCCCGUGACAGCUGACAUGGCGCCGGUCAGUUCACUGCUCGUCUACUAUGUCACGGAGGCGGGUGAGCCUGUGAGUGACGUCGCUAGCUUCCACGUCCGACUCUUGCACAAGGAGGUAGUGGUAGCGGUAGAAGAACGUCGGUGGUGGUAUCCGAGAGCAGCUCUACAGUUGAGAGUACUAGCUCCUACAGAUUCCUUGAUGUGCUUAAUUGGCGCCCGUGCACCUCCAGAUUCACGUUUCGACGUCCAUCAAACCUCAAGCGAACAUGAGGAGCAGCCUGGCCCAGAAUUCGUGUCAGCUGGGGUAUCGCUAUUCGUUGGUGGCGGAGAGUGUGGUGGUGGCGUCCUCUACCGUCAGAAAACUGCACCUGCUACACAAGCACCGGCUCACCUCGUCCCUCCAGCGACCCAUGAUAGAUUGUGGAUGUGGAAAUGUUUUAACUAUACGACCCAGUUGUCAACCGAUGGAGUAACAAUCGCGGCGCCAUCAGAAGCUGGUCGAUGGUCUCUUUGGGCGCUGUCACUAUCGAACCGUGGUCUUCGCUUCUCAGCUCCAAGGACUAUUAACGUAUUCCGACCGAUACAGCUUGACUUCUCACUCCCGCCGGCGCUGAAGGUCGGCGAGACGGUGGAAGUCGACGUGAAAAUUAAUAACAACAUAAAUAAUUGUAUGGAUGUGACGGCCCUACUAGCGCUUAGCGCAGGCGCAGCUUUCGCAAGUACUGGAGCGCUGUACGUAACAGAACGACUGAGACUCGGGCCUCGUGGAGGAACUCAAUUAGUUGUACGUGUUGCUGUUAAUACUCCGGGGAGGAAAAAUAUUACUGUGGAGGUUACUGGGUAUAGCGCUGACAACUGCUCUGUAUCUUACACGUCGUUCAAUAACGAGACAUUAGUAGGCUCAGUUAUCCGAUCUGCCAGUGUGUUGGUGCUUCCCGAAGGCUUACAUAGAAGUGAUACGCAGAGCGCAUACUUUUGUGCUAAUGAACAUUUAGCUGUCUCGUCUCGUGGUUCAUGGGAGUGGCAAUGGGUAGCUGCUCCACGUAAUAGAGCAGGUUUAGUAUUAGAACUAAGAGCUCAAGGUGCCGCUCACGUUGCGUUAUCAUCAAUCCGAGAACCCUCCGAUGAGAUGUACAGGGUUGUAUUUGAGAGAACUCGUGUGUGGAUUGCUAAAGGAAAACAUGGGUACGACGUUCAUUUAGCAAGUGCGGAACAAACAGAAAGUGACGAUGAAUGUGCUGGUGCUGAUUCCUGGUGCGCUUGGUGGGUAUGGUGGGAAGGAGGUAGAUUGUCGGUGGGUAGAGGAGCUGCUCCGUCUGAAAGAAGACUAUUGGUGUGGCCACUGACUUCUGACAUGAGGAUAAAAUAUGUUGGUUUCAGUGCUUUGUGGGGUUAUAAAGCUGAUUUUAGGAUAUGGAAUUUCAACGAAGAGGCUGGUUUCUCCCAAGUGCUUGAGCUAGGUCUUCCACAUGGCGUAGUUCCUGGAUCAGCUAGUGGAACAUUACUCGUAUCGGGUGGUCUACAUUUACCUCUAUACAGUCUUCAGACGGAUGUUUCUGAUCAAUGGGCAGAUGUUUGGAGAGAUUCGCAAUUAUCAGCUGCAUCUGCUAGCCUGGCGCCCUUAUUAGCUUUAGAACAUAUCCCACAUCUAGUUGAUGAAGCAGAGAGAGAGAGAAUUUUAAAGAAAUUACCGGAACAGGUUCAGAUUCUUCUAUCCUUCCGGAAGAGCGACAAUUCGUUCAGCGAUCAUCCAGCAAUAAGCAGUCACUUAUCAACCAUUAAAAUAUUAGAAAUUCUUAAUAAAAUACAAUCUUACUACCCGAUUGACCCAGCGCUCCUAAAAUCCAUAAAAGACUGGAUUCAAUCUAGGCAAAAUCCAGACGGGUCAUUCACACCUCUGCCAGCCGAUAAAGAAGUUGACUAUUAUCCGGUUGAAAUAAAAAAUGUUAAUAGUACUGACAAAGAAGUUGAUGUAAAUGAGUACUAUUACUAUGAUAGGGAUGGAAACAUGACGCAGGAUGAAAUAGAAUGGGAACGAACGGUUGAAGUUACAGCUGAAACUCUGGUAUCAUUAUUAGAAGUCGGUGUUGAAAAUCAAAUGGAUGCGGAUGUAGCCAAAAAAGCUCAGGAAUAUUUAGAGAAAAAUCUGUACAAUUUGACAUCGCCUGCCGCUUUAGCUGCGACAGUAUUGGCUCUUGUUUUAGCGAGAAGCCCAAUUGUUCCCGAAGCACUAGUAAUCUUACGAAAUGCGUCAACUACCGAAGAAGGAGAGUUUGGUUGGCCAGCUCCAAGGAAAGAUGCUGCUGAUUGGUUACUAGAAGAAACCUCGCGGAAUAUCAAGACUACAUCAUAUGAAGCUGUAACAAUGGAACAAUACGUAGCUGGAGUAAGAGUUCUUCUAGCAGCUUGCGCUCGAGGAGCUCUAGCCGAAGGUGAAGCUGCCGCAAGAUUCCUGUACUACAGAGCUUCAACACUUCAACGUCACCCUAGCCUUGCCUAUACUGCUACAAAAGCAGCUGCACAAUAUGCUGCAUUAGCCCAUGACAGGCAUCGGGCUCUCACAGUAUCACUUGCGACAGCUGGCAUGGAAUUAACCGACACAUUGGAACUGCGAGCUAAAACUCCACCACGUCCUUUGCAGUUACCUGGGCUACCUACAAAAGUCUUCGUAUAUGCCACUGGAGCUGGUUGUGCUACAGUGCAGGGCACAAUAACUUAUUCAACAUACACUCCAAAACCAGAGAAUGCACUUUUAAACAUCCAAUCCGCUAUUAUUGAAGAAAUACGCCCCGAAAGAAGUAGCAUUGAAGAUUUACAAGGAAACUUACCUACGUUAAUUAUUAAAACAUGCUUCAAGUGGAAAGGCAAAGAACGAUCAGGAAUCCUACGUCUUGAAACAUCGCUCUUCUCUGGUUAUGAAUUGCACUCAGUCAAUCCAGUCGUAUUAGAUGGCGCUACUUUCGCUGAUUUGCAUUAUGGUUCAAGAGGCGAAUCUGUAUGGUUCGUUUUUGCUAAUAUUAGUUCAACUUGUCCAGUUUGUGCAACCUUUGAGGCAAGGUCCAAAUUUGUCAUCACUAGCCUUCGACCAGCUUUUGCCAAAAUAUAUCCUUCUAGCAGACCUGACUUAGCCGUCGAAACAUUCUUCCACGCAAAACCAGGAAGUCCAUUACUUCGAGGAAUUACUGAUGAUGACUUCAUAACAUGGUUUGAUAAAACUCAAAUUGCUAGCCUUAAAACUAGCGCAAAUAUUGACAACAUAUGUGAAUGUGGGCGAAUUUGUAGCAGGGAUUAUGAAUUCAGGAAGGAUUAUGAAAAAAUGCAUGAUAUUAAGACUGAGACGACCAGUACUACUACUGAGGUUACUUCCACUGAAUUGUAUACGUCUCAUUCUGGAAGCCCUACGACAUCAACGGAGCAAACAUCAACCACUGCUAAGGAGGAAUACACCACUAACCUCCCUGUUUCUGUAGAAUUUAGGGAUAACCUGAUAAAUAUAUCAAACGUUAGUACAGCGAUUACAACGACUUCUAAGGAUGAGCUAAGUACUAAGAUAUCAGAUGACCCUAUUAUAAUUCCCACUGUAACAUACGUUAAUGAUACAGAUAAUCAGACAACUGAUAAUAAUAUUCAACCAAACAUUCCAAAAAUGAAUGGUGAACUUAUAAUACAAAAAUUACCUAUAAACAAAAAUUAUGGAAAGAAAGCCGAAUCAUAUAAGAAACCCUUGCCAAGGCGAAAAGGCACACUUAAAGCCACUUAUGGUGAUAAACAUGACAAAUUUUUCAUCAAAUCACAACCAAUUGAAGUCGUUUCAAUAAAUAAUUUCACAAAUAUUUCAUUACCACAAAAUAAAACUCGAGAUGGCGACAUUUUGGUGAGUGAGAAAAAUGAAAUUACAACGCAUGAACCAAAAACUUUAGUAAAAGAAAAGCAAGAAUUGUCAAGUACUACCAGCGCAAGUAUUUCCUCAACAAAACAGGAACAGAAACAAAUAAAAGAAAAGGUAGUGUCAGAUGAAAAUAAUAUACAUCCGGGAACUACACCAAUCCCUCACACAAUAACGGCUAUAACGAAGAUUAAUAUUAAAACGAUGAAUUACAGAACAAAGAAACCGAAACCUAAGACGCAAAUAAAAAAACCAAUAAUACAUUUAAAUCAAACGGAAGAAAAACAAAUUGAUGAUAAUAAAACUAUCAAACCUGAACUAGUUGUGAACAAAACUAAAAUUAAAAUCAUUACCGAUAAAUAUAUUGCAAAGCCAUUGAAAUCAAUUAACAAAGAAAUUCACAAAAUACCAUCAGCUCCAGUUUCUGAAACAUCUAAAACCCUUAACAAACCCUUAAAGAUUGAUAUUGCACCUGAAAAUAAAGGUGGUUUUGAGAUAUUAGACAAAAACAAUCUUUGGGAAUUACUAAAAGAGGGUACCGAUCAUAACAGUUCAAAAAUCGAUGAUAAAAUUCAAGAACAUAAUAGAUUAAACGACGUGUCAAAUUUAACACAGAAUAAUAAUAAUCGUUCUUUAUAAGCUCUGUUGUUAUAUAAUAUUUAAGGCACAAAGACAUCUGCAUAUUUUUAUAAUAUUCACUCCCAUAUUAAAAGAAAUUGGUAAAACUAAUAAAAUUCAGGUCAAAUUCCUAGAGCACAUUCAUUGUUGAUUGUUAGAUCGGUAACGUUGCACUAAAUAUUUAUAAUUGUUUAGAAUAAUGUGUGCUGUAAAUAAAGGAGUGAAUGCGUAAUUAGAUGAGGAAAAUACGAAAGUUAUGCGCUGUGACUAUUAAGAUGUGUGUCUGUCUGUAAUAUUCUAAUGCUAAAAGCCUGAAAUAUAUGAAAUAGUAACAUAGAUUUCCAUCUCAAGAGACAAAGUAAGCUUCCAAAUUUUUGAAUUAAUACAAUAACGAGUAGAAACUUUUACGCCUUAAAAUAUAAACAAAGUUUUAAAACGAUGACUCAUGUAAAGCUAAUUAAAAAAAACAUAACUUAGAAUGUGCUAGAGUUGCUGAGUAAGUAAGUUAUCGAAAUUAAUUUUAUCUUAAAACGUAUUGUUACUAAGGAUUUAGUUUUAAACAAUAUCUACAGUAUUAUAUUUAAUAAGAAUUUUUGACUGCAUAUGUUCAAUGGUUGUAAAGAUAUAUAAUUUUUAGUAUAGAAUAAUCUUUAUCCUAAGGUGAAUUUUGUAUAUACUUUCCUAGUUGCCAAGCCCGAUUAAAUAUGAUAGAAAUUUCUAGCUCUACGUCUUCUUAGAUCAUAUUCGUAUUUACCCUCUAGUGAUUGUAUAACAUAGAUUUUAGCAUAAUUAUGCGAUGCCCCAGAAUUUCCAUCCGUCUAAUCUAUUCUUCUGUAUCUAUUGUAUGUAACGUAGUUUCUUAAGUCGGCGCUAAACAUCCGACGACGUUCAACUAAAGCACUGUAUUCACGAUAUUUUGCGAAUACUCGUGCAUAUUUUAUAGUAUUCGUCUCGUCAUGAUGGUAGCAAAGAUUCGUAAGAUGUCAUCGAUAUAUUUGCACGAAUUUUUGCACUGUAUCGGCGCCGGUCUUACUGUAGCUGUUCUUAGAUGCUUAUGUUGUAUUUGUUAGAUUAGAAUUUUAUCUGUUCCUAGUAUAUACUAUCUACCUUAACCUUUAGAGUCUACUCAAUUGCGUCUUUAUAAUGUUACCUAUCUAGUAUUCGGGUUAUUUAGAUUCUAAUUCCUUUUUUUCCCCAAUAGCUUAUAAUUAUUUCGAGAUUUUUUGUAUUACUCUUAUAUUUCAU